AUGAAGUGGAGUCCAGUUUGCCUCAUGGCAGUGGCCAUGCUUAUCGGUCUAUGUGACGCUCAAUACGUGAGAGGACAGAAUUCUCUACCGACGUGGCCGCCUGCCCAACCCCUUCCUCAGUGGCCUGCCCAAACCCUUCCUCAGAGGCCUACCCAACCUCUUCCUCAGAGGCCUGCCCAAACCCUUCCCCAGAGGCCUGCCCAACCACUCCCCGAGAGGCCAGCACAACCCCUUACUCAGCAAGGCCCAAAGCAGACCUGUGAUGUUGAGGGCAAUGACAAAGUGCAAUGUGGACUUCCUGACAUCACUGGUGCCAAAUGUGAGGCCAUAAACUGCUGUUUCGAUGGGCGUAUGUGCUUUUAUGGGAAAGCAGUGACUGUCCAGUGUACCAGGGAUGGACAGUUUGUGGUGGUGGUUGCCAGGGAUGCCACUCUGCCCAACCUGGAGCUAGAUUCUAUCAGCCUGCUUGGGGGGAACGAAGCCCACUGCACCCCUGUCGGCAUCACUUCUGCUUUUGCCAUCUACCAAUUCAAAGUCACUGAAUGUGGAACUGUGGUGACGGAGGAACCUGGUACUAUUUUCUAUGAGAACAGGAUGUCCUCCUCAUAUAUAGUGGAGAUGGGACCCCUCGGCACCAUCACCAGGAAUAGCCAAUUUAAUCUAAUAUUCCAGUGCAGAUAUAAGGGCACUGUGAUUGAGGCUCUUGUGAUUGAGGUGAAGCAGGUGCCUCCCCCAAUUCUUCUUCCAGCUCCUGGACCCCUCAGAGUUGAGCUCAGACUGGCCAAUGGAAUAUGCCUCACCAAGGGAUGUAAGGAAGAGGAGGCGGCCUACACCUCUUACUACACGGAGGCAGACUACCCUGUCACCAAGUUCCUCAGGGAUCCCGUGUACGCUGAGGUUCGCAUCCUGGAGAGGACAGAUCCCAACGUUGUGCUGACCCUGGGUCGCUGCUGGGCCACCACAAACCCCGACCCUCUCAGCCUACCCCAGUGGAACCUUAUCAUUUCUGGAUGUCCGUACAAGGAUGACCGUUACCUGACCAUGCCCAUCCCUGUGGAAGCCUCCUCUGGUCUGUCCUUCCCAACCCACUACAGGCGCUUCGUCCUCAAGAUGUUCACCUUUGUGGAUUCGACAUCUAUGUCUCCCCUGAGGGAGAGGAUGUUCAUCCAUUGUAAUACAGAUUUGUGCCAGCCAUACCAGGAAAAUUGGUACUGUGUACCAAGAUGCCUCAGAACGAGGAGACACAUUGCCAAUGCAGUUCAGAAGACCACCAGAAGCGAGUCUACUUUGGUUUCCAGUGGCGAACUGAUCCUGACUCAAGCAAGCCCACCAACGAGAAUAUUGGUUGACUGA